AUGUCCCCUGCAGCAACCGCUACCGGGCUGAUGAUCGGCUGCCUGAUCUACCCCGACGGCUGGGACUCGAGCGAGGUGAAGCGCAUGUGCGGGGACAAGACGGACAAGUACACGCUGGGCGCCUGCACCGUGCGCUGGGCGUACAUCCUCUGCAUCAUCGGCAUCCUCGACGCUCUCAUACUCUCCUUCCUGGCCUUUGUGUUGGGGAACCGGCAGGACAACCUCCUCCCGUCUGAUUUUAAAGUGGAAAAUAAAGAAGAGGGCAACAACUGACAGAGCUGAUCACCACGGACACCUAGAACUCUUCUUCCAUCAACUUCAAGAGACACAGCCCUUUUCUUUGAAAUGGCUUUUCCAGGAGCUUUAAAAACUUGCCAACUUCUGUGGAUUUUCUACAAUUGUUCUUUUCACCUAAGGGGCCGCUAUCGGCUCACAGCUCUCAUGGAGUUUAUUUGAUGGGAAGAGCCCAAACCGGACACAGUCGGGGGUUUUUUUUGGUGGUGUUUUUUGGGGGUUUGAGUCCAUCAGCAAACCUGGGGAAAAGGGGAGGGAUGGCGAUUUGCUGCUUCUUGGGGUUUGUACACCUUCUUUCAA